GGGGCCGGGGGCCUGGGAGGUGGGCGGCUGCUGGGCUCCGAAGCGGGAGGCUUGGCCGCGGUGGACUCCAGGGCGUCGAGGACCCGCGGCGAUGGCUCGGACAAGUCCCAGCGGUUGCGCCUCUGAAGGGAAUGGCGCGUAGCCCGGGGGAGCAGGAGCCUGUUGUGGGCAGAAUUCAGAUGAGCUGGACGGUGCUGGGAAGGAGCUGCAGGCAGCCCCCCCAGCCUGGAGAUGGCACCAAAGACCAAGAAGGGACUGAAAGGCUCCAUCGCUGAUGUCCUUGGUGACCUCCUGGCGGAUGAGAUGACACCGCCUGAGAAGCCCGUCCAACUCGCUUCGCGUGCCAGAGAUGACACAGGCGGAGCCCAGGCGCUCCCUUCCGCAAGGCCUAGAGCAAAGUCCCUCCUGGAGAACGAUGCCUAUGGCGCUGUGGCAGACCUGGCAGGAGCUGACGCCGAGGUGUCGGACGUCUCCGAGGCGGACCCGCAGGCUUUGCUCCAGGCCAUGAAGGAUCUGGACGACAUGGAUGCCGAUCUGUUGGGUCUGAAGAAGGCUCACCCAGCUUCUGGCAAAAGCCCUGCAAAGGGUUCCGGGAAGGAAGAGCUGCCUAGCACCCCCAAACCUGCUGAUACGUUACCAGCCACUGAGAAGGGGGGUGCCGUUCCCACCAUGAAGCCGUCUCCAUCCCCCGGCAGCUCUGGCCAUCAGUACAAGAAGUUUUCUUUUGAAGACGUGGAAGACCCGCUGGCAGGACUUCUCUCUGAGGACGAGGAAGGGGUCGCCAAGAAGCCGCCUGGGACGGCCAGUAAAGCCGCUUCCGAGAAGAGCCCCGCCCUAGCCGGAGAUCCAGGUCCCUCCGUUCCUCUGACUCCUGGGGACACCCCCGUCCGGAAGAAAGAAGACCUGUUCUUUGACGAUGAGGACGACCUCAUGGCCGCCCUGGGGUUUGGAGACAGCCCCAAAGCAGAGAGGAGGCCGGCGGGAGCCCAGGGAGGGCCCCGCCCCGCUCGCUCCAAGCUGGAUGAGCUGCUGGGCCGAGGCUCCGCCUCCAGACACCUGGCCCGUCCAGACCCCGGGACGCACCGGGAGUUCAAGCUGGACAGGAAGUACCAGAGGUCACAGGACAAAGAAGACAGCUGGGGCAACGAGGACUUCGUCUUCGGGGCCUACCAGCCCAGCGUGGGCUCCUCCGAGGGCCGGCAGUCCCGCCGGCCGUCGGUCAGCAGGUUCUCAGCAGAAGGUGGCACAGACCUCAGGGGCGAACCAGGCUCCACACAGAGCACCCCGGCGACGAGCAGCCCCCCGCACCCCAGGAAGGGAGGGGCUGACUGGCUGGGCCUCAAGGACGAAGACGAGGACUCGUGCGUCCCCUCUCCCACCAGAGAGCCUCGAAGGGGGGGCUCUGCGCUCUCCACCCCCUUCGUGCCCCACCCUGAGGACCCGCUUCCUGCCCCGGGCCAGCACUCCACCCCGGCAGGGCUGCCCCCCUCCUCCGUGGGGGCCGAGCCGCCACCCGAGGGCGCCGGCGCCCCUGCCAAAGCCAGCCGGCCUUCCCAGCCGGGAGUGUCUGCGGAGACAGAGGAGGAGGACUGGCUGAGCCAUGCCUUGUCUCGGAAGAAGGCCCGAGGCUUGGCCAGAGAAGAGCCCGCUCUGACCUCGAAGGGCCUGAACCGGGAGGGGGCUGCGGGCCGACCCCCCUCCGGCAGCCAGCCUGUUGCCAACGCUCCAGGGCUCCAGCAGGCAGCUGCUGAAGGGACCUCAGGACCAGCAGUGCAAAAGCCGCCUGCCCAGCCUGCCACCUCGGGGUCCUCGGUGACAUGGAACCCAGCCACCUUGGCCCUCUAUGCAGGUGACUCAAAGAAGGGCCCAGCCCCUGGAGACGUUUCUGGCACUGAGCCUGCACUGCAUUUCCUGAGCUCCCAGGAACCCACGGGGCUCUCUGCACCUGUCCCUCCUCUCCUCCUACAGUUCCCGGAGGCCCCGGUGCAGCACGUGCCACCGGACGCAGAGUACCAGAGGCGGCUCCUGGCUGCCCGGGUGCAGCUCCAGAGUGGCACUGCCGAGCUGCAGGCCGAGCUGCUGCAGAGUCAGGCCCGGCUGGCAGAGCUGGAGGCCCAGGUGCGGAAGCUGGAGCUGGAGCGGACCCAGCACAGGCUGCUGCUGGAGAGUUUGCAGCAGCGACACCAGGCUGACCUGGAGCUCAUCGAGAGUGCUCACAGAAGCCGUGUCAAGGUGCUGGAAGCCUCGUACCAGCAACGGGAAGAGCGGCUGCGGAGAGAGAACGAGGAGCUGUCUGCGCAGUACUUGUCUCACCGCCAGGAGGCCGAGCAGGCCCGAACCGAACUGCUGGCCCAGCACCAGCGGCGCCUGGCGGCGGCUGCGCAGGAGAAGGACCAGGAGAUGGAGCGGCUCCGGGAGCUGCAGCGGGCCUCCAUCCUGGAGAUGCGCAAGGACCACGAGGAGCAGCUGCAGCGCCUGAGGCUGCUGAAGGACCGAGAGAUCGAUGCUGUCACCAGUGCCACCUCGCACACAAGGUCCCUGAACGGCGUCAUCGAGCAGAUGGAGAAAUUCUCCAGCAGCCUGAAUGAGCUGUCCUCCCGCGUGGAGGCCUCGCACGCCACCACCGCCCAGGAGUGGGAGCUGGGCAUCCAGCAGCGCGACAGGCAGCUCCGAGCUUUGCAGGAGCGGCUGGGCCACCAGCAGCGGGACACGGAGGAGGAGCGGAGCCGGCUCCGGGAGGUCAUCGCCAAGAUGGAGGCCCGCCUGAACGAGCAGAGCCGGCUGCUGGAGCAGGAACGCUGGCGGGUGAGCGCUGAGCAGUCCAAGGCAGAGUCCACGCAGCGCGCCCUGGAGGAGCAGAGGAGGGUCAAGGCCCAGCAGAUGGCCAUGGAGCGCGAGGAGCUGGAGAGGGCCAAGAGUGCCUUGCUCGAGGAGCAGAAGUCCGUCAUGCAAAAGUGUGGGGAGGAGCGGCGGCGCCUGGCAGCUGAGUGGGCCGAGUUCUUCGAGCAGCAGAAGCUGAGUAAGGAGAGGGCCGAGCGAGAGGCGGAGCGAGCGAUGCAGGUGGACACCCAGCGGGAGGGCACUUUCGUCAACCUGGUCAAGGAGCAGGCCGAGCUGAAGGUCAGGGCAAGCGAGCUGCGGGCCAAGGAGGACCAGCUGGCAGCGGAGAGAGAGGCUCUGGAGCGGGAGCGGCAAGAGCUGCGGCUGGAGAAGGAGAGGGUCAGCGCCACCGCCCAGCGCAUCAGGCUCCGUGCGGAGGAGGUGGAGAGGAUGAGCCAGGUGGCCUCGGAGAAGUACAAGGAGGGGGAGCAGGCGCUGCGUGAAGCCCGGCAGGUGCAGUCGGAGCAGCAGGCCCGGCUCCAGCUGGUGCAGCGGCAGCAGGAGUGGCUGCAGCAGCAGGAGCAGCACGUGCACCAGGAGCAUCUGAGUCUGGCCCAGCAGAGGCUGCAGCUGGACCGCGUCCGGCAGGACCUGCCGUCGGGCCCUGUGGGGCUGUUCUCCGGUGCCCAGGGCCUGGCAGCCUCCGGCCCGAGUGGCUUCUCAGCCGUGGUUCCUGCCCCCGCCAGUCCUCAGGGCAGCCGGCCGCCCGCCAGCCUGGGCCCCUCGCUGCUGCACGCCAAGCUGGUGCUGCUGAAACACACGGCGGAGCAGGACCGAGACUUCUUGGAGAAUGAACAGUUCUUCCUGGAGACGCUGAAGAAAGCCUCCUACAACGUGAUCUCUCACUCGGCCUGAAGGCCCCGCUGCCACCUCUGCAGAGGACUCGGACCCUGGCACCGUCCCCACCUCCCCGCUGGCCGCCAGCUCCGGGGAGGGGCUGCCCGGGGCCUGACAACAGCUCUGCCUGUGGACAGGGUGGACAGGGUGCCGGGCCUCCUUUCCGAGCACGCCCCCUCGUCGCUGAGGCGGCAGGUGCCGCCGUGCCUGUAGUGUCUGCGGUACGAUGGCCUCUGGGGAGACACAGCGCUGAGGGUGUCUCAGCUCCAACACACCGUCAGCCUCGGCUUUGGUUCUCUUGCGCCGUGGACGUCCAGCUCAGACCCCAGGACCUGACUGGGCUCCGUGGACCCCGGCCUUUGGGGGUCUUCUCAAGGGAUGCCCCAGCAACCUUCCGCCCUCUCCGCCCAAGAGGCUGGCAGAGGCAGCCCCGUGUCCCGCCCCCCCCCAAUGGGGUCAUGGAGUGGGAGCACACAUUUGAAAGGACCUUCUCUCCUGCUGGUCAGGGGCAGAGGGUGAGGGGCGGGCAGGGUGCCGUGCCUGGCCAGCCUUGACCUCACAGCCAGCCUUGACCUCACAGCCAGCCCUUCAUGCCCUUGGGCAGGCUCACGCCAAGGCCCUGCUCAUUCCCACCUGCCUGAGUGACCGGCUUGGCAUGGUCACUGGCCUUGUUGGCUUUUCCUAAUAGGCACCCUGGAGGUGGGGGUGAUGGGGGUGGGGGAAGGGCAGGGCAUGAAGGCUUCUUUUAUUCUGUUCACCCGCCACAAGGCCACAGCUGGGGGUGGGGGGAAUGAAGACGACAGAGCACCGGGGAACCCUGGGGGACACACCCAGGAUGCCCCCUGACCCAGGCGGUGCGGGCCAAGACCAGCGGGAGGGGAGGGGUGGGAGUCACAACUGCUUGUCAAACGGCUUCUUCAGGGCGCAGUGAACUGAGCAGAAAGUGUCCCGGUGAGCAGGAAGGCGGAGGAGGGGCCGAGGGCCCUGAGGGGCUGUCUGUCCUCCGUCUCAGGAAAGCUUCCAGGGCGGCCUUCCUGCGCCCCCGACAGCUCCCAGUCUUCGUCUUGGACCCUGGAAUUGCUAUACAAUUUUUUUUUGAAAUGUACUGUUCAUUUCUUGCCAUACAUGAUUCUGAGACAGCCUUUCUAUUUUACGGUUUCACAGUUCCACUCUAUGUAUGUGUCCACAAAUAAUACACAAUAUUGAUUUUUGUGUUUAAAAAUCUA